GUCGUGACGUCACCACCAACGUUAGUGCGGCGACGUGACGUCGCGGCGGCAGAGGCGUGCAGAGCGCUUAAGGAGCCUGAAGGCAGAUAUUUUUAACUUUCCCUAGGCUUCAGGGCAGCUUGCUGGGGUACCCGGUGAUUUGUCAGCGGGCCUCUUUCUUGCUUUUUCACUUUUCGAGCUCGGCCGGGGGAAGGCAGGGUUGGGGUGCGGUUCCUGCGUCCAGUUUGUGUGCUGGAGGACUGGCGCGUGAGGGAGUCCUGGAGCGUGGGUAGCCGGGAUGGGAGCCUCGAGCGUCCUCUGGGCCCGAGCUCUUGAGCAGUGACUGGCUGGAAGUGGGAAUUGAAAGACCUUUUUACCAUGUGGGCUGCCCGAGCCCUGCUCCCCAGGGUCUUACGCACCUACUGCACCACUGUCCCUUGCCCUAGGCCCACACAGCCCCCCAAAGUGAGCAUCCGGGAUGCCCUUGUGAACCAGAACCCAAAUGGGGAGAAUGUUAAAGUGCAGGGCUGGGUUCGCUCAGUUCGAUCCCAGAAGGAAGUUUUAUUCCUCCAUAUAAAUGAUGGAUCUUCCUUGGAACAUUUGCAGAUUGUAGCGGACCCAAGCUUAGGCAGUUGUGAUCUGACUUUUGGGAGUUCUGUAGAAAUCCAAGGGAUACUGGUCAAAAGUCCUUAUAAAAAGCAAAACACGGAACUGAAGGCGGACAAAAUUGAAGUCAUUGGACGUUGUGAUCCUCAGACCUUCCCCAUUAAAUACAAGGAGAGAUUUCCUCUGGAAUAUAUUCGACAAUACCCUCACCUUCGAUGUAGGACCAAUGCCCUGGGCUCUAUACUGAGGGUCCGCAGUGAAGCUACAGAUGCUAUACACUCUUUCUUCAAGGCUAAUGGCUAUAUUCAUAUUCACACCCCAGUUAUCACAUCAAAUGACUGUGAAGGGGCUGGAGAACUCUUUCAAGUUGAACCAUCCAGCAAAGUGAAAGAAACAGGGAAGAAUUUCUUUGAUGUUCCUGCCUUCUUGACUGUUUCAGCACAGCUUCAUCUUGAAGUGAUGUCAGGAGCUUUCACUCAAGUGUUUACCUUUGGCCCAACGUUCCGAGCUGAGAAUUCUCAAAGCCGAAGACACCUGGCAGAGUUUUAUAUGGUAGAAGCAGAAAUGUCUUUUGUUGAGAGUCUUCAAGACCUUAUGCAGAUUAUGGAGACACUCUUCAAGACUACAACAGAGACUGUUCUCUCAAAUUGUCCAGAGGAUGUUGAGCUUUUGCAUAAAUUCAUAGCUCCUGGUCAAAAGGACAAGGUAGAACAAAUGCUGAAAAACAAGUUUUUAAUCAUUUCUUAUACAGAAGCCAUAGAAAUCUUAAAGAAGGCAUCCCAGAAUUUUACCUUCACUCCCAAGUGGGGUCUCGAUCUGCAAACUGAGCAUGAAAAGUACCUAGUGAAGUACUGUGGCGAUAUUCCAGUAUUUGUUAUCAACUAUCCUUUUGAUCUCAAGCCUUUCUAUAUGCGAGAUAAUGAAGAUGAACCUCAACAUACAGUUGCUGCUGUUGAUCUUCUAGUGCCUGGAGUUGGAGAACUCUUUGGAGGAAGCCUGAGAGAGGAAAGGUUCCAUUUACUGCAGCAGCGGUUAGAAAGACUAGGACUGAUGGAUACCUACCAAUGGUAUUUGGAUCUUCGUCAGUUUGGUUCUGUGCCACAUGGAGGCUUUGGGAUGGGAUUUGAACGGUAUCUACAAUGCAUCUUGGGAGUUGACAAUAUCAAAGAUGUUAUUCCUUUUCCAAGGUUUCCUCAUUCAUGUCUUUUAUAAGCAAAUUUUUAAAGUAGAAAUAUUGUAUAUAAAACUCAUGCAUGCAAGAACAUGCCAAUUUGAAUCUUCAAAAUACUGAUAAAAAUUCUUACCAUAAAAUUUGAUGUGUGCAGAAAAGAGUCUUUAUACAUUUUACAUACACAAAACCUACAAUAUCUUCCUGGACAAGGACACAAAACAAGAUUUUGUCUUAAAGGAAAGAAUAAACAGACAGAAAAAAUAUAUAUACUUUCUUAGGUGUGAAAGAUGGGAUGAGAGAAUAGGAUUUUUCUUAAUCAUCAGACGACUACUCAAAGAUGACUGGUAUGUAAGAAAGACCAGAUUGUUUUGUUUUGUUUUGUUUACCAUUUAAUCCCUGAGAGAUGCCUACCAUUUCUAAGUGCCAUAUCAAACAUCCCAUCCCUAUACUAGACCUUGUGUAAACUAGGAUUGAAUUUGUUCUUGUGAAAUUGUAAUUAUAAUUAAAAUCACCUUUCCACUAAGCAAAAAA